AUGGAGCUGCAACCUAUCAUUGAAGCAAGGAAGCGAGCUGGAGAAUGGGAUUACGACGCAUUCGGUACCACUAGGACCGACAAGGUCGAUACUAGAAUCAUUGAAGAAGCUAUUGUCGUCACAUCAGAUCCAUCCAGAUCCAUGCAGCAAGAUUUCAAUCCCCCCGACGAUGACAUCACGAGGGAUCCCGACGUUAUUGCCGCCGAGACUUGUCUAGAGCACUUCGGCAAACGUGGCAUUACCAUGAUUGAUGCUCUACAGAGUGCGUCGUUCGAUAUAUCACUCGAGAAAGUUAUGGCCAAAUCAGUGUCAAACGACUUUUCAGUGAGAAUACUCAAACACGACUUCGGAAUAGAAAGACUAGAGCGCAAGAAGUGGUUCGGGAACUCAAGGCAAUAUACAGUCGCCUCCAUUGGGGGCAGCUUCAACGAGGACGUACAGAUUGGAGGGACAAUCGAAUUUGGCAGACGGCGAUGGGAAGACAUAGUUGCAAUUGCAAGUGACCAAGCCUCAAAUUCUCAGCUUGUUGACUACCUGCUAGAGUACAUUGACGCCAACGAUCAAGGGGCAGACUUCAAGAUUCCGAACGGGCGUUUUGUUGAUCCAUUUAGCGGAGAGAUUUUCGUUGAUCCUGUAAGAGCGAGCGAUGGUUAUGUAUACGAACGCAGGUGGAUAGAGGCCUGGCAGAACGCACACGGGCAUUCACCAAUAGAUCCUACAAUCGAGCUGGAUCUAGAGCGGAACCUGAUUCUAGUCCAAAACCUGAGCAGUCUGAUUGUCAGGUUCCUAAACGGAAGACCUCGCGCAUGGUUCAACCCCACCAAAAAACCAUUGCUCAUCGAGUAUCCCGGCGUAUUCAGUGUGCAACAUGAAUACGUACCUCUUCCCGGGGCCGUCACAGUAUUGUCUAUACUCAUAGAUCAAUGGAUGUUCGAUUCACAGCGCCAACCAUCAACUCAACGUUUCUGGCAUGGACUGACACACUCCGGAGAUGGGACCAUGCACGGAACGCCACUUGACCCGAACCUGUUAUUCCAUGAAUUACCAACCAACUCAACACAGAUCGGAGUAUUUCAAUUCAACAAACUAGAACUUGCGUCUCGCAGAUGGAAUUAUCGACAGCGUCUCAAGUCGAGGUCGAUGAGUCGGCUCGACGUGGCGAAGCAGGCUUUUGAGGCUCUUGUGAACAAGUCCGAGGCUUUCGACCACCCAGUAGGAAUAGGGCUUGUUACGUUUGGGAGAGAGGUCCGCGAAGUCCAGACGGAUGGCGACACCCCAUUAUACGACAGUCUCGUAGUAGGUCGAUCGAUGUUGGAGCGCUUCAAGGCACAGGCAAGUUCAUAUCAAAUCUUGCUUCUUACCGAUCUCACUGAUCCGAUGGAGAAGAACCCCUCGGCCGCCCUAAGAAUUAUCUGUUUGACAGAUGGUGAAGACGUUGGUUCUCGGGUGACCGCAGCAGCAGUCGCGGCACAGCUUCAGCGGUCUGGCAUCAUCUUGGAUUCCAUCGUAGUGCAGACGAGUGCCUUGGUGAACGCCAUCCAUCCCAUCGCCGUCGCAACGGGCGGAUACUCAUUCAAAGUCGACACAGUGGAGCAAGCACUGAACAUUGUGGAACUUGAGACAGUCCUUCGCUCUAAGGAUUGCGUGGGACGAUUUAGCCGCGGAGACCUCUCGUGCAGACGGUACCCUUGGCAUCUGUCGCGCUAUAACGACCUGUCAACAUAUCCUUGGUCUUUCGUUUUAGCAUUCAUCGAUGUGUAUACCGGUGAUGACCUAGCAUUCUGGAAAUCUCCUUAUGAAGGAGGCACAUUCCUAGCCUACUACGACUUCGGAAAGGACUAUCCGCAAGCAGCACCUGAAGUCCGUUUCAUCACGCCAAUACUGCAUCCGAACAUCAAUCGCCACGGUAAAGUCUGUCACGCAGCUUUGGACAAGAGUUGGUUGGUCGAUAUAUCCAUGAGCACUGUUCUUCAAAUUCUCUACGGCAUUCUGCUCACUCCAGACACGGACAAUCCGCUGGAUUUGCAUGCGACCAUGGAAUACAACGAUGAUAGUGGUCAACAUGCGCUGAAGGUCCACAAUAUGGUUCAGAAAUUCGCCUCGAAGACUAGGGCUGAGUGGAAGAAAGAACUGGACAACAGCGACUACCAUAAUAACUUGAAUCUCAUUUCGCAAUCUCCAGAGGGGCGGAUAGGGUACGACCAUCAUCGCGCACCGAAUGCGCAGACCUAUCGUGUCAAGCGCAUGGAAGACGCGCGCGAAAGUGCCGCGGACCGAGGGAUCGGGCAAUUAGAUGGCACCCCGACAUCUCCAACAGCAUUACGCGGCGACAAAUGCGCGUCCCAUAUGUUGACAGCGGAUCAUCCCAACGUCGCGCGAUAUCUCGAUUCUCUCGCCCGCGCAUAUCAUGCCCACAUGGAGAAGCUGGGCCCUUCUACCUCCCGCUUCUCCAAGCAGUCUCCGGCGGUCUGUAAACUGGGGAAAGUUGAAUCGGUGAAUGCAAUGCUCGGCGCAGGAUCCGAUCUUGACCAACAGCAGUGCGAGUGUAUCCUCGCUCUGGCCGCUCUCAAGACCUACAAUAACCCGUCCCACCCUGCGCAUUUCGCGUUGUGGGGGCGCAGCAUUGAUGAGCGGACGGAGGCACUUGUAACAAAGAUCGCUUACCACAAGCCGGCUCUCAUCGAGCUCCCAACUGGCUGGUUCGGCGGCUCGGAGGCCAUCUGGCAUCUUCGUCGUCACCAGGGGCUUGCAUUCCCCAAGGACCGGAUACAGCGCAGCGAGGAACCUACCAAGAUGACCCUGCGUCAACGAAAGACUGCAUCGUCACAGUGUGCGGGGCACAUUGGCCCAGAUAAGCCCCCGCGCGCCCGCGCACGCUUCGUUCACGUCACACAGGAGGGGAGCGAGCCGUCUGAGGUACUCCAGGCCUCUCUGCUCACCGAGGUCGCGUCCGGCAUCAUUCGCGCACCCGCCUCCGCACCGCCCACUCAUCACAUCCACACGAAGCGUCCACAGCGAAAAACAGAGACGGGCGACGUAGCGAGUCUAGAUGCGACAAGGGUAUCAUCUGGUACAUCUACGCCGGCGCAGACAGGGCUCAGGUUCACCCUACCUGCGCGACCAAGCCCUGAUGCCACUCCGCCUAGCCGAGAAUCGAGCACAGCCGUGAGUGACGCGUCUGAAGAUACUGCUGUAGACGUUGUGGAGCCGCGUGGCAAGAAGAGAAGUGCAGAUGAAUUCGAGCAGGAUACCGUGAAGGUCGAGGUCGGCGGGGAGCCUGAAGCCGGCGAAGAGCCGAAGGCGACACGGCCGAAGAGGAUCCGCCGACAAACUGCAAAGAGCAAGGAGUAUGACACUGUGGCAAGGAAAUCUGUCAAGAGAUGUAAGACCAAUUAA